CAAGUGUACAUGGUACAUUUCCGAUUUCCUGCUGACUUCUGCUGUCUUUGUCGCACUCGCAUGUCGACCGUAGCCUGUGCCCUCAAAUUAGUCAAAUUAUCAUUGGCCUUCCCGAAAAACAACUUUCUCGCGAUCCUAAUCAAAAAUUCAAAUAAACUGGUACCAUGGCCAACAAUGAUAAUAAACUCAGGUGCAGAACCGUGUACGCUUUCGCCAGAGAAAUGUAUCCGAAAACCGUGAAAUGUGAUAUUUCCUAUGGAACAGCAGGAUUCAGAACCAGAGCUACAGAUUUGGAAUAUGUCAUGUACAGAAUGGGGCUUCUGGCCGUACUUCGAGCCCGAUUUAAAAAAGCUGUAAUUGGGGUAAUGAUAACUGCAUCUCACAAUCCAGAACCUGACAAUGGAGUUAAAUUAGUGGAUCCGAUGGGUGAAAUGUUGGAACAAAGCUGGGAAAAAUGGGCUACCAAGCUUGCAAAUGUCACGGACGACAAAUUAGAAAAUGUGAUAAAUGAUAUAAUUAAACUACACGACAUCCAAAACAUGAACGAUAGACCUGAAAUUGUUGUCGGAAAGGAUACAAGGCCUAGCAGUCCCAGUUUGUCUAAAGCAGUGAUAGAUGGUAUAUUAGCUAUGGGAGGUAAACCAAUUGACUAUGGAAUAGUAACUACACCACAACUGCAUUAUUUUGUCGCAUGUAAAAAUACUCAUAGAGCCUAUGGUGAGCCUACAGAGGAAGGGUACUAUCGAAAAUUAACAGAUGCUUUCAAAAAAGUUAGAGGAGAUAAUUUUAAUAAUGGAAAUUAUACAAAUAGAAUUUUAUAUGAUGGGGCUAAUGGCGUAGGUGCGAAAAAAAUAAAGUUCUUUAAGGAAGGCCUGGCUGGCAGUUUGAUUAUCGACAUGUACAACGACGAGAUUAUUGGUUCUGGUAAACUUAACUAUUUGUGUGGCGCGGAUUUUGUAAAAUCUCAACAAAAGUUCCCAACUGGCUUACCACAAAUCCCAAACACGAGAUGUUGUUCAGUUGAUGGUGAUGCCGACAGACUAAUUUAUUAUUAUUUGGACGAAAAUCAGAAAUUUCAUCUACUGGACGGCGAUAGGAUAGCCACUCUGAUUGCGGGAUUUUUCAAAGAGGUCUUAGAAAAAACGGGUAUACGUUUGAAUUUAGGACUAGUUCAGACUGCCUAUGCCAAUGGUGCUUCAACUACUUAUAUAACUAAGGAAUUGAAAAUUCCUGUUGCUUGUGUCCCAACAGGAGUGAAAUGGCUGCACCACAAGGCCUUGGAAUACGAUGUUGGCGUUUAUUUUGAAGCCAACGGCCAUGGCACUGUUGUUUUCAAAAACGAAGCCAAAGAAAAACUUAGAAAUGCUUUCCAGACUAACAAUUUGACAAGAGAACAAAAAGAUGCAACUUCAAGAUUGAUACACAUUAUCGAUAUUAUUAAUGAAACUGUUGGAGAUGCUAUUGCAGAUCUGCUAUUGGUUGAGACUAUUUUACACGCUAAAGGUUGGGAUGUGAGACAAUGGGAAGAGACCUAUACUGAUUUGCCUAAUCGAUUACUCAAAGUUUCUGUACAGGAUCGAACAGUCAUUACGACAACGGACGCAGAAAGAAAAUGUGUCACUCCUAAGGGCCUUCAAGAAGAAAUUGACAAUAUUGUUGCGAAAUAUCCGAAAGGCAGAUCAUUUGUGCGACCUUCAGGAACUGAAGAUGUGAUUAGGAUCUACGCAGAAGCAGUUACAAGACGAGAAUGCGAUAAACUAGCGGCAGAGGUUGCUGGAAAAGUACACGAAUUAGCUGGUGGUACUGGUAAUCCCCCUGAAAUACCAAAUUAAAUCCUAUGGUUAAACAAGAAAUACCGAAUUAAAUCCUAUGUUCAAACAAGUCACAAUUUUUUAAGGAUUUGAAUAUGCAAGGAAUUAAGUGCUACUGUGCUAAUACACAAACAUGAGUUUAUAAUUUCCAAAUUUGAUAGAAAAUUGAACCCUAAACUUUCUAGUAACAAUUCUUCUUGAUGUUUUUGGGUUGGCACAUUUAAAAUUAAGUAGUGAUAAACUUAUUUUCCACAAAAAUUCCAAAAAUAAGUCAUCCACUAAUUUUUAAAAAAAAGACUAAGAUUUUUCAAUUAACAAUUUGGCCUGAUUUUCUUUUAUCUGUUGAAACAUUUAUUUUUAAGUUUUAUUGACGACAUGAAGUAUACUAUUAUGAUAUUUUGAUUCUACAAAGUGUUUCACAACUUAUCUGGAAAAAUUUAAACCACAUACAUUUGUGAAGUAUUUGAAUGCAAAACCAGAUAAAAGAGCCUAAUUUAUUACCUACACAUUUCCAAUUAUUUCAAAGAAUUUUUGUUUUGUUUUCUGCUCGACUUUUAUGUCUUUUUAAAAAUAACCUACUUAUAGAAUUGUGUUGUUAAAUUUUCUUGGAUAAGUUAUCAAACACCCUUUAUACUGGAUGUCUUUGGUAAUAAUGCCUCCUACUAAAGACAAUCAGUAUGUUUAGUGAAUAUUUUUUUUUAUAGAUUAUUUAGCGAAUUUUAUCAACGAAUUGUUUCUUUUUUUUUUUGUUAAUUUUAUAAAAAUCAUGUUUGUUCCAACUAGAACUUGAUAAGAUUCUUGCUGGAACAGACUUGUACUUUUGACUGUAUAGUUUGGAAAAAAGACUUUUUAUUGGACCAAAGGUCCUAUUUAUUUACACAAUUAAUAUAUUUUGUAUAAUAUUGUUUUUGGUUGAUAUUUUACAAGUUUGUAUUUUUUAUCUAUAAUAGUUUUGUUUCUUUUUCACUAAUAAAUUUAAUACUUGAAGCUUUGUAAUAUAUAUUAUGGUAUAUUUUACAAAUGCUAGCUAUAUUGGGGUGUAACCCAAUAACAUAAUUCAAAUUGGAAAAAAAUUUAAAAUGGAUUAAGAGAAACUAUUGUUAUUUUUACUUGUUAAGAACAAGUUUUAUGCUGUGUAAUUGACAAAUUAAAUUGAUCAUUCCAUUAAGGACAAACUGUGUGCAAUAUUAGAGCUUCUUGAAGCUUAUAUCAAAUUUAGGGCCGCUUAUUCACCUUCUGAUAAACUGUUAGGUAAACAAUCUGAGAGAUGAAAAUGCAACUCCGCCGACCAAUAGAAUUAUAGAACGGUAAAUUUAUCUUGAAGAUCAGCAAGUUUAUCUGAAGAUGAAUGAACCAGGCCUUGAUAAUAAAAUAAAAGGUUAAUAAAUGACAAGGAGAAUACACACUCUGAGGAGUGCUUAUCGGCCUCUUUUUUGGUAAACGCCGUCAUAUUGGUGUGGUAUCAUUGCCGACGUCAUAACUAAGUCGUCAGCUGUUUAAACAGCCUACGUCAAGGCAGGAAAUAACAUACUGCCCACAUCACAACUGGUAUCUUGGCGUGUGAGGAAGGGGGCAAUUUUUUUCACACAAAUCUUAUGAGGAUAGGCCAUCCUGUAGUAGUAAUGUGUAUCAUCCUUGAAUAAAUGAUACAUAAAUAUUAAUCUAAUUUUACUAUAAACUGUGAUAGAUUUUCUUCACAACAUAUUCACGCAAGCCUCUUGCCAAAAUCAGGGAUAUUACAAAAAACAAUUGCAUAUUUCUAAAUUAGGAUUAUUUUUUUUAUACUUUGUAUUGUUUUUUUAUUGGAAUGUAUUUUUUAAUUUAUAGGAUUUUUUUUAUUUAUUUCUACCAUUUCUGUUUAUAAAAAACCAUAAUCUAUUUGUAAUCGAAAUUUAUCAAGACAUAAGUAGUAUCUGUAUUUUGGUAAAAAUGCUUAGAGUGGUUUUGCUUUUGUCCUGUCGAGCAUAAAGCACACAGCAUUUGAUUUUCACAAUUUUGCACAAUAGUUUUGCGUCUAUCAACUAUUUCAGUAGGUAUCUUAUCAAAUUUUUCCCUAGGAACUCAGCUUAUUUACUGAAAAUUAUAAUAAAUAAUCUUAAUAUCAAAUCUGUGUUAAUUAUGAAAUUACUGCCCUAAAUAAUGUAGCUCUUAAAAUAUGAUAAUUUCAGGGUAAUAAGAUGAUUUCCAAGGACUAUUACUAUAAUGUAGCAUAAUAUAAUUUUUUUUAAAGAAUUUUAUAAAAGACAAACGAAUAACUUGAAGCGCCAUAACGUAUAAUAUAAUGCUUUUUUAUAAUA